GCUGAAGCACAUUUAAGUAGGGUGUGGCUGAAUGUUUGCGACUUGGUUUCCCGUGUAACCGUGAGAUACCAGGAACCUGUGAACUUUGUAAAAGUAAACGCAGCCUGUUCUAACCACUCCAAUCUGAAAAUGUUAAAACUGCUCAGAAACGUGCUUCUGUUUCAAGUUUUGUUUGUGGUAUGCACUUUGUCAACGCAAACUCCGAGCACCUGUGAAAAUUUGCAUGACUCCUACAAUAUUGAAUCUCCAGGAGAUAUCAUCAUUGGAGGUCUCUUUGCAGUCCAUGUCAAGAUCGAAAGUUCGGUGGAUCUGAAAAAACCUGAGGGUCAAACAUGUAAAGGGUUUGAUGUGCGAGGUCUGGUAAAAGUUCUUGCCAUGAUCCACUCCAUAGACAAGAUAAACAAUUCAACUCUCUUACCUGGAAUUAAACUGGGAUACAAGAUAUAUGAUACCUGCACGGAGCCGACAAUGGCUUUGAGAGCAGCCAUGAAGUUUCUUUCUAAAACCAACUCGUCAAACGACUGUGUUGAAGUGCACUGCAAUUAUACAGAUUACUUGCCAACAGUUAAAGCAGUUAUAGGACCUGCUACAUCAGAAGUUAGCAUUUCCGUAGCACGGUUGUUGAACAUAAACCUUAUGCCUCAGAUCAGCUACUCAGCUUCUGCAAAAAUUCUGAGCGAUAAAAUUCGAUUUCCUGCAUUCCUGAGAACUAUUCCAAGUGACACCUUUCAGUCUAAAGCCAUGGCCAUGCUGGUUCAAAACUUUGGGUGGAAUUGGGUGGGAACUAUUGCAAGUGACGAUGACUACAGUCGGUCCGGAAUAGAUAGCUUCAUUUCCGAAGCUGAGCUCCUGGGUGCAUGCAUUGCUUUCCAAGAAAUUAUUCCAUUUUAUUCAUCUGAUCAGAUAACAACCUCCCGGAUAAAAGAAGUGGCAAAAACUAUCAUCAACCGAACGAGAGUGAAUGUCAUUGUUAUGUUUGCUAGAGCCUCCCAUGUCGUUGAACUGUUUGAAAUAUUAAAUACUCACAACGUGAGUAAAAUUUGGAUUGCCAGUGACAGCUGGUCAAGCAACAAUAAUAUCACUCGCAUGGAGAAAAUUCAGAACAUUGGGAAUAUUAUUGGAUUCACAUUUAAAAGUAGAAAUAUUUCAAAAUUUCGAGAUUACGUGAAAAAAUUGUCAUUUAAUUCGACAGGUGUUAACACAUUUCUGAAGAAGUAUUACAUGCUUUAUAACUUUUGUACAGCCGAGCAAAACGAAGAUGUAGACUCUUGUAUUUCAGAUACAAAACACCCGCUCAAAUAUAAUGAACAUCAGAAUAUGAGCAAUAGCAAGGAAUUGCAAUACCAGGAAAAUGUCUUUCUCGUGAAUAAUAUUGAAGCAGGUGUUACUUCCAGCAUUCAGUGGUCAGUGUAUGCUCUUACACAUGCGCUUCAAAAUCUGUUAAAAUGCAGUGAAGGAAUUUGCCAUAGAUCAUCAGACUUUGCACCGUGGGAGUUAUUGGAAGAACUGAAGAAAGUGAACAUAACUAAAGAGGGAAAUAGAAUCCAAUUUGAUUCUUUUGGAGAUUUUAUCUCUGGAUAUGAUAUCCUCAUGUGGAAACCCAUCAAAGACAAAAUGGCUCUUGGUCACAUAAUUGCAGAAUAUGAUAUACAGACGAAUAAAUUUAUAAUUAAGGAUUCACGUUUCAAUAACUUCAAGAAUGUGGUAUCAAAAUGCUCUAGCCCCUGCCAACUGGGACAACUGAAACUGUCAUCAGAAGGUCAACACACAUGCUGCUAUGAUUGUGUAAACUGCAGUUCCGAUACGUUCUCCAAUACAACUGAUGCGCAGCAGUGUUUCCAUUGUUCUGAGGAUGAAUGGGCUCCAACUGGAAGUGCCUCAUGCAACAAAAAAGACAUUAUAUUUCUUAAAUGGACAAAUGCAUUUUCCAUAGUAUUGCUAAUCUUUUCAGCCCUUGGAAUUGUUUUAAUCUUGGUCAUAAUUGUUAUCUUUAUCAAGAACAUCAACACUCCAGCCGUUAAAUCCAACGGCGGUAUCUUAUCGAUCGUCAUGCUCUUGUCUUUGAUGCUGAGUUUUACAAGUGUCUACUUUUUUCUUGGAAAGCCAAAUAAUGUAACCUGCAAAUUCAGGCAGUGUUUAUUUGGCAUCAGCUUCACUCUUUCUGUUUCAUGCGCAUUGACAAAAUCCCUUGCAAUACUCUUCGCAUUUAACUUUAACCCAGCUAAUCAAAAAUAUUUGAAGAAUUGCUAUAAUCCAUGGCUCAUCAUCAGUAUUUGCACGGGGUUUCAGGUUAUCAUUUGUGCAAUGUGGUUAAUCUUUAAUGCUCCAAGAGCAGACAGGGAUGUUAGAAGGCACCCAAAAGAGAUUUUACUGGAAUGCAUUGAGGGUUCUAAUGUAGCUUUUGCUGUUAUGUUGGGGUACAUAGCUCUCCUUGCCCUGAUUUGCUUUAUAUUUGCCUUUAAAGGUAGAAAGCUGCCAGAAAAUUAUAAUGAGGCCAAGUUUAUUACAUUUAGCAUGCUGAUUUAUUUCAUUUCAUGGAUUACUUUUGUACCUGUCUAUGUAACCACUAACGGACAGUUUCUGCCAGCUGUGGAAGUGGUGACAAUUUUAUCUUCCACCUAUGGGAUAUUAUGCUGCCAGUUUUUCCCUAAAUGUUAUAUCAUUUUGUUUAAGAAAGAAUAUAACACUACCAGUUCAUUUUUGAAAAAUCUUUACGACUUUUCACUGAAAAGUUCAAAGAUUAUUUCUAAAAGCCAAAUUUCUGCAAAAUCCUCAUUGAGCUCUCUUCCUCACUUGUCCAUCAAACAUGACAGCUUCCAAAAGUUAGAUAACAUAAAUCGUAAUUCUUUCAUUGAGAGCAACAGAAUGAAAUGGGUUCCAAGGAAGCGAUUUUCCAGUUUAUAGUUGUUCAAUUGAUGAAACAGAUUUCCACUCAAAAUAUUCAAUCCAUAUUGAGGGGUAGCUAUCUAGAUUUGAACGUAUAUUGAGGUCUGUUCACUUCUGGCCACUGUAGCACUAAUGCACUUUGUUACUUUUGAGCACUGGAAGCUCAAGGUGAUGGUUUAUACAAACUAUGUAUUGUAUCUUUGUGAUGGAACAACAUAUUAGAUAAGGAUGAGUACCAAUCCAAGAUGUUCAUCAGCAUUCUCUCCAGAUUACUUACGUUAGUCAAAAAGUAGACUUUGGCUUCCAUUAUCCACAACUAAAGAACAGGGUAUCAUCAGAUCAUCUCAGGGCAGCACAGAGGCACAGCGGUAGAGUAGCUGCCUCACAGCACCAGAGACCCGGGUUCGAUCCAGACUACAGGUUAUGUCUGCAAGGAGAUUGUACGUUCUCCCCAUGACCCAUGUGGGUUUUCCCCGGGAUCUCUGAUUUCCACCCACACUCCAAAGACGUACAGGUGUGUAGGCUAAUUGACGAUAUAAUUGUAAAAUGCCCCUAGUGUGUGCAGGAUAGUGUUAGUGUGCGGAGAUCGCUGGUCAGCGCGGACUCGGUGGGCUGAAGGGUGUGUUUCCCCAUUGUAUCUCUAGACUAAGCUAAACCAAAAAAAAACUUACAUUUAGAUGUGUCCAUGACCUGAUAAGUAAGCAAGUUGUUUUCUUGAUCCAUGCUGUUCUGCAGUUUUCCCUUUGGAGAUUUUUGCAGCAGUUUAAUGGGAAUCAGUGUUGAUUCUCCAUCUCUAUUUAUCUGCCACAAGUAUAUCUUACAAAGUUAUGAAAAGUUCAUCAAACUAUAGCAGCAGAUUAUUCCACAACUUCUUUCUUGUUGAUUAUGGUUCAGUGAGAGAAAAGUCCUAGUGUAAUGUUUAAAAUGUUCUGUUCAUUACUGUUACAUAACAGCCUCGAUAAGUACAUAUAAUAAUGGACAUGCAAUUUAUUUUAGCUAUUUAAAUAUCUAUCAAAACUAAGUUAAUAAAUGGAUGAUUUGUUUAUGGUAAUUCUACAUGUAAACAUUGAGAAUUCUGUGUAAGAUUUUUUUAAUAUCCAUAUAAAUAUGAAACUCUUUACACUUUGUAAAUUGCAAUCUUGUGUAUUCUUGUACAAUAUUUAUAUACAAACAUAAUAAUUGAUCAUAAUGGGUGAACAUAAUGGUUUUCCUUCUGACUCUUAUAGCAACUCAGAAAUAAUAUUCAAACAUGGAUAGCUCAAUUGUUUCAUAUCACAUUUGUGAGUUUCAUCAAUUCCAAGUUCAAUCCUUUAAGAUUACAAAAAAUAUUUAAAUAUCCCAUGAAAUUACUGAAACAUUUAAAUUGUAAAUUAUUUAAUCGGAACAAGUGUGAGAUGUUACACUUUGAGAGGUCCAAUGUAUGGGGAAAGACAAGAUCCUUAACAGCAUUAAUGUGCAGAGGGUCCGAGUCCAUAACUCCUUGAAAGUGGCAAAGCAAGUAAAUACAGUGGUAAAAAAGAAACAUGGAAUGCUUGCAUUUAUUGUUCCCGGCUUUAAGUAUAAGAGACAGGAAGUCAUGAUGCAGCCUUUUAAGGCUGCACUUGGAAUAUUCCAUGGAGUUCUGGUCAUCCCCAUUACAGGAAGGAUAUGGCAAUGGUGCAGA